GUCAAUUACGUCACUCGACCAAUCAGAACGGGGAACGAGAUGCGCUGCGAGCUGGAGGACGUGACUGAGGAACAAAACUUAUUCCACUAACUCGCCCCUGACAUCAUUUGCCGGUGACGUUAGCUAGUGUUUGCAAGGCAGCAAACACGAGUGUGCAGAAGUUGAACCCCACAGGACUAAAAAUGGACUGGUUGCACUGUAACCAGUGCUUCACCAGGAGAGGGUCCAGGUUUGCUGUAUCCAGCUGUGGCCACAUCUGCUGUGACGCAUGCAUUAAAUCCAAGCAGUGCAGUGUAUGCGGGGCCGGCUGCAGUUACUUGUUCAUCACAGAUGAGAUGAAGCCACAGGAAAAGGUGUUUUUCAAGGACCCUGCGAAGCUCAUCAAGUCACGGCUGGAGCACAUUUCACAGAUUGCAGUUUUUCAGCGUACGCAGACAGAGAGAGUGACGGCGCAUUUCAGGCACAAGUCUGUUGAACUGGAAAGGCGUCUGAAAGAAGUCACUGAGCAGGGUUUCAGGCAACUCUCUGAGCUGAAAAGAGAGAACGCCGUAUUAAAAAAGCAGCUUUCAGACCUGAAAAGAGAGACGGAUGAUUUGAAAAAGCCGCUUUCUCAGCGCAGGGUGUCUCCAGGACAGCUUCAUACAAACGGAAGUCAACGGAUGUCCCUUCCCGUGGCCGUCACAUCUCCAGUUACCCCUCGUUCAAGAACCAUGAGCUACUUUGGCUCAGAAGAGUCUCAAGGGUUGGCCAGAGAGCGGGGUCGCAGUCCAUCCUCUCUCACAACUCCUGGAUCAGUUUCCUCUAUUUCAAGCCACAGUUCUCUUCAUGAAUAUGUACACAGAACACCCACGUCCUUCAGCACUCCUAUGAGAACUCCACGUCAGACACCUGUUUUCCCGUUCCAUUUUAUGAGCGGAUUAUCAAUACAUUCACCCCGAAAUUAGUCGGGUGACGCCUGACAAUUGGACCAGUUAAGGAGUCUGUAACAAUUGUUUAAUUUGUCUUAA